AUGGCAGCGACCUACAGUAGGGACCACAUUUGGGAACGGACCACAUGGCUCUUCCGCUUGCAUCCCAGCUUCUGGAUGAUGUACUGCUGAGUGCCAGCCAUGGGGUCUUCGGGUCUGGCUCGACUGCAGGGGCUCUUCGCGGUUUAUAAACCUCCCGGGCUGAAAUGGCUGCACGUGCGGGAGACCGUGGAGCUGCAACUGCUGAAAGGUCUCAAUGCAGCGAAGCCUCCGGCUCCUGAGCACCGUGUUCGCUUCUUGCUAGGCCCCGUGGAAGGCAGUGAAGAGAAGAAGUUGACUCUCACAGCCACGAGUGUGCCUACCCUCUCCACUCACAGACUCGUACGUGGCCCAGCGUUUACCAGCCUGAAGAUUGGUGUUGGACAUCGCUUGGAUUCCCAGGCUUCUGGUGUGCUGGUGCUCGCCGUGGGACAUGGAUGCAGACUCCUCACCAACAUGUAUGAUGCUCACCUCACCAAGGCUUACACAGUGCGCGGCCACCUAGGCAAGGCUACAGACAACUUCUGUGAAGAUGGGCGGCUGAUAGAGAAGACCACAUAUGACCAUGUGACCAGAGAACACUUGGACCGGAUCCUGGCUGUAAUCCAAGGCUCCCACCAGAAGGCACUGGUGAUGUACUCCAACCUGGACCUGAAGUCCCAGGAGGCCUAUGAGAUGGCUGUGCAAGGUGUGAUCCGGCCCAUGAACAAGUCCCCGAUGCUCAUCUGUGGCAUCCGCUGCCUGCACUUUGCACCUCCUGAGUUCCUUGUAGAGGUGCAGUGUAUGCACGAGACGCAGCAGCAGCUGAGGAAGCUGGUGCAUGAAAUCGGCCUGGAGCUGAAGACCACCGCUGUCUGCGUGCAAGUGCGGCGCACUCGGGAUGGCUUCUUCACGCUGGACGAUGCCCUCCUGAGAACCCAGUGGGACCUACACAGCAUCCAGGAUGCCAUCCAGGCUGCAGCCCCCCGGGUGGCAGCAGAGCUGAAAAAGAACUUGAGACUAAGGCUGGGCCACCGGUAGCUCUCCAGUGCUGGGCAGCCUUGGGGCUUCGAGGACCCAGACUCCACUUUGGAGGUGGAAAGCUAUGCAGGGCAGGGAAUGCCCAGAUGUAGGUGGGCAGAGACAAAGGCUCUUUACAGGACAGAGCUGAUGACUUUGCAGAGAGUGGCAUUAAGGGCCUGAGCAGUGCCCACGCCUGCCAUGCCAGAGAAACAAAGGGGAUCCAUUUACUUGAGACACAGACUGACUGCAGAGAUAGUCUGGCUGUGGUGGCCGGACCUAUCAUCUUGGCUAUUUGGGAAGCUCAGACUAGAAUCUUGACAGUUCAGUGCCAGCCUAGGGUUACACAGAGAAACUCUGUCUCAAAAAUCAAAGCAGAGUCAGGCAUGAUGACUCUGCCCAGGAGUUCAAGGCCAUCCUUGGCCACGUAGUGAAUUUAAGGCCAGUCUGUGCUGCUUCCAAUGUUUAGCUUUUUGGAGAGCUGGGCAGUGUCACCUCAACACCUAAUGCCUGCUGGUGAUUUAUCCAGAUUCCUAUGACUGAUGCUGGGAUGUGUUAUCCCCUAGGGAAAAAUCUUCACUGUUUCAGGGUGGUGUCUCACACCUGUGAUCUCAGUACUACUCAGCGUUUGACACCAGCCUGGACCACUCUUUCUGGAGUCCUUUGUAGUGCACGUCAGUAUUUAAUCCUGCAGGAGGCUCAGGAAUUCAAGGUCAUCUUUGGUUACAUAAUGAGUUCUAGGCUACAUGAAACCCAUCUCCAAAAUAAAAAGCCCAA